UUCCCUCACAUCUCAUAUCCAUCUCUCUCCGAUAUACAUUUCUUUCCUUCUUCUUUUUCUUGCAGCUAGCUUGCUUGCUGGUGUCGGCUAGCAUUUCUCUCUGUGAACAUGGCCGUUUCUUGUACCUUGUCGUCAGCUGCUCGCUGCAGCCUCUUGCUCAUAGCAGCACUGACUCUAGUGCUGAGCCAUGGCGCUCACGCUUAUGGUGGUUCCCGCGCCGGGUUGAGCUCGUCUUUCUACGACAACUCAUGCCCCGAUACACGGAACAUUGUCAAGCGAGUCAUCCAAGACGCCCGGGUAACCGACGCACGCAUCCUGGCCAGCCUCAUCCGCCUACACUUCCACGACUGCUUCGUCAAUGGUUGUGAUGGCUCGCUACUACUCGAUGACGACGUCUACUUGGGGAUAGUGAGCGAGAAGAAAGCCCCUGGCAAUGACCAGUCAGCGCGCGGGUUCAAGGUGGUCGACAACAUCAAGCGCGCGUUAGAGAAAGCUUGCCCUGGCAUUGUUUCAUGUGCCGACAUCCUCACCCUUGCUGCCGAGAUCUCUGUCGAACUAGCUGGAGGGCCGUCCUGGAGCGUGCCUCUAGGGCGCCGUGAUGGCACCAAGACCAACAUCAAGAGCGCCACCGAUCUCCCGAGCCCGUUCGACCCUCUGGAUAUCCUUCUAGAGAAAUUCAAAAACAUGGGUCUCGACGACACUGACCUCGUCGCCCUCCAGGGAGCCCACACCUUUGGGCGGACACAGUGUCAAUUCACGCAGCAGGAGUGCACGGUCGGGCAAGAUGAGGGGACGCUGGUGAACCUUGAUGCGGCUACUCCCAACGUGUUUGACAACAAGUACUACGGCAACCUCCUGCGGGGGCAUGCCCCCCUCCUGUCUGACCAGGUUAUGAUGUCCGACCCCAGAGCGGCAGCGACCACCGCGCCGAUUGUUCGCCGGUUCUCUAGCAGCCAGAAGGACUUCUUCAAGAACUUUGCAGCCUCCAUGAUCAAAAUGGGAAACAUAAGCCCGCUGACCGGAAGAGAUGGAGAGAUUAGGAAGAACUGCCGCAGGGUGAACAAGAAACCUUAUUAAGGAACAAGAUUCAAUGCUCGUCAAUGGACAUAAAAUUUAAUUGUUUCAGUUUUACAUUUCAUCCUGCAUAAGUGUACAAAUUAUUAUUUUGAUUCAUUCUAACUAUAAAGUGUCCCUUCCCGCAUAAGCUAAAUGUAAAUAUUUCUUUCUUAGAUAAAUGUAAAGUGUUCCUUUUCUCUU